GUUGUUUUCCGCCAGCAGCCGUGGGUGCGGGCGGGAGGGGCGGGUUCACCCUCCCAGCCCGGGCCAAGUGCUCGGGAGCGAGAAUCACAUCGGGAGCCCAGCUCAGCUCUCAGCCCCGACAUCGGACUCACCCCAAGCAUCCUUCCCGGGUGCUGCGGAAAGUGGAGCUAUUCUGUCGUUGUGAGGACCUGGGAGGAGCACUUGGUACCUAAGGGGCCAGAGCCCUGUGGGGCGUACACCCAGCCUAGCCAGACCCUGCGUUUCCUGAGGGGCCCCUGCCCGCUUGUGGCGCGAGAUGGCCGCGCGGGCGCUCAAGCCCCGGGUCGUCCUCUGCCUUGGGGCGCUGCUGGCCCUCUGGGUCGCUGCAGGAUUGGAGGCUGUCGUCAUCGGAGAAGAUCAUGAGAACAUUACUCUGCACUGUGGCAACAUCUCAGGAACGAGGGGCCUAGUGACCUGGUACCAGAAUGACUCGGAGCCAGUCUUCCUCGUCUCCUCCAAUGCCAGCCUCCUGCCAGCCAAGCCACGCUUCUCUCUGGUGAAUGCCAGCUCCCUGCACAUCGAGGCGCUGAGCCUGCAGGAUGAGGGGAACUAUACCUGCUGGGAGGUCCUGAAUGAGACUCGGCAGUUCCGAGUGGGGCUGCAGGUGACCAGUGGCCCCUACGAGGUCCAAGUCAACAUCUCCACCACUGGCGUGCUCCCCAAUGGUACCCACUAUGCAGCCAAGGGCUCCCAGGUGGACUUCAGCUGCUCUAGCAGCUCCAGGCCACCACCCAUGGUGGAGUGGUGGUUCCGGGCCCCGGAUUCCAGGUCCGAGCCUUUUGGAAACAACCUGACUGUUAGCUGCUUCACGCUGCUGCUGAUGUCGCGAAACCUCCAAGGGAACUACACCUGUUUGGCCAUGAACAUGCUUAGUGGGAGACAUCGAAAGGUGACCACCGAGCUCCUGGUCUACUCGCCCCCUCCGUCAGACCUUGAGUGCUGGGCAGAGAUGUCACCAGGAUGGUUGAUGCUGCAGCUCACCUGUCGCUGGGACGGGGGAUACCCAGACCCUCAGUUCCUGUGGACAGAAGAGCCAGGAGGUGCUAUUGUGGGAACGUCAAAGUUGGGAGUGGAGAUGCUGAACCGGUCCCAGCUGUCAGAUGGCAAGAAGUUCAAGUGCGUUGGGAGCCACAUAGUGGGACCGGAGUCAGGAGCUAGCUGUGUGCUACAGAUCCGGAGCCCCUCCCUUCUCUCUGAGCCCAUGAGGACUUGCUUCGUGGGGGGCAAUGUGACACUCACCUGCCAUGUGUCUGGAGCCUACCCCUCUGCCAAGAUCCGGUGGCUGAGGAACCUCACCCAGCCUGAGGUGGUCAUCCAGCCCAACGGCCACUAUCUCAUCACCCAGCACGGCCAGAGCUCCACCCUGACCAUCCAAAACUGCUCCCAGGACCUGGAUGAGGGCUACUAUGUCUGCCGGGCUGAGAACCUCGUCGGCGUGAGGGAAGUGGACAUCUGGCUGAGCGUCAAAGAACCUUUAAAUAUCGUGGGAAUUGUGGGAACCAUCGUGAGCCUCCUUCUGCUGGGAGUGGCCAUCAUCUCAGGGCUUAUGUUGUAUUACAGCCCUGUCUACUGCUGGAAAGUAGGAAACACUAUCAGGGGACAAGACAUGGGUGAUGUCAUGGUUUUGGUGGAUGAGGAAGAGGUAGAUGUGGAAGAGGAAGAAGAUGCUGCAGGAGAGGAGGAGGAGGAGGAAGAGGAGGAGGAAGCGGCUGACAGGGAGGAGUUGCCAAAAGAAAUACCCAAGCAUGGCCACAUUCACAGAGUGACUGCACUGGUGAAUGGGAACAUAGACUGGAUGGCCAAUGGACUCCAGGCUCUGCAAGAUGACAGCAGUGAGCAGCAGAGUGACGUCGUUCAAGAGGAAGCCAGGCCAGUUUGAAGAAAAGAGAUGUCCUCCAUGGUCCUGUCUUAAGAGCUUGGGAAGCUACAGUGGAGACGAGCUUUUCAUUUUGCUUUGACUUGACUUGCACCCCUGCCUGAGGGCUUACAAUGGUUAGGGGGUCUCAGCAAAAACACACACACAUACACGUAUACGUCUUUCCUUCCAUUUUUAAAAAUAUUGGUUUAACUUUUUUAAAUGAUGUUAAAAAGUUUUGGGAACAGGCAGUGUGUGGGGGAAAGCUGCAUUUGGCAUCUGCGGUGCCCUUUUCCCUGUGACUCCUGGCUUUAUCCAAGUUGACUGAUGCUAAUUUGGGGGGAGCAAGAGUGGGAGGAGGCACUUGGCCUCAGUGCCCUUUGCCACUAUUAAAGGUCUGUAACCAGCUUACCUCAGCACACAAGGGUAUAGCAUGGGGUGAUAGGGACACUUCCUUUAUCACUGCCCAGGUAAGUCAGUGCACUGGAAAAGGGGAGGAGGGGUCGGCUACUGAUGCUAGUCAGAGGGAAGCAGUGUGGUUCAGGUUUUUGGAGUGGAAACACCCAGCCUUGAAUCUGGGCCUUGCUACUUGUUUCAAGGGCUUGAGCAGGUUGCUUUACCUCUCUCCCCUGGACCCCAUGUCCUCAUCUAUAAAAUGGGUGAAAUCACAGGUACUUACAGGGUUAUGGUGAGGACUUUGGGAUGUGAAAGUGCCUAGGAGGUGCUCAAUAGAUGGUCUUUAUCUUCGCCUUCUCCAGUGGAAGAAAAAAAUGUCAUCUGUAAGCUACGAGCUGCUGCCUGGGCCCUUUGUUCUUCUUUGUAGCAUGGUUUCAGAUGAGGGCAUUAUCAGAGCUCUCCCGAUGAUUAUUUGCUUCCCUGGAAAUACAGUUCUUUUCAAAAGAGGUAGGGGCCCGCAAGAGAAAGUGCCUUUCAUUAGAACCUCACAUUUUUCAAAGCUUCAUAUUUAUACAAAAGCCUCUUCCAUGAUACACUUAACUUUCACACUUUCUCAUUCUUCCUUUCUUCUGUGACUUUGAAAGAAGGCAGGAGAAAUGUUUUGUAAGGGAGCGUCUGGUGAGAAGUACUCCUUGGGCAAACUGGUGCAUCUGGCCUCAGUUUCUCAAUCUCUGAAAUGGGAAAACUUGUUUCCUUCUGCUCUUUAAGGAUAUUAUGAGGAUACACUGAUUAAUAAUGCUAAGUUUUGAAAGAAAAUAGCAUGUGAUGAGUUUAAGCUGCUGAUGCUUCCAGUAGAAUCUGUACAGUUUAGAGGUUAUUUUCCCCGAUUUGAUUCAAACCUCUUCUAAAUGUCAGGGGCCUUAUGUGAAAAGGGUGUGUGCUAAGCAUAAAAAUCUGACUUGAAUUUGCAUUCUUUAAUGUUGCACAUUCUGCUCUGAUGGGCAAGA